AGUAGUCACUCGGAAGAAUUGUUUAGCGCUAUCCAAAUAGCGGUGUUCCGUACGAGAAAGGAUCCACUAAGCAGAUAAUUUCGAUCGAUGCGAGUUCAUAAGCUGUCAAUCAAGUGUGUAAAUUAAAUGCGAUGUCGGAUGCAGUUCGAGCGAACUGGAGUGAACACAAUGCACCGCCGAGAGCUGUGAAUACAUAUGUUCUAGGUAUCAACGCGGCAAUCGAUGCUUAGGUAUAUAGCGCGUUCAAGUGUGUAGAGAUAAGUAAAAUCUGACGAGCAGUAGGUAACUGUUUGGAGUCGAUCAAUGAACGAUUCUAACUAUAUUGCACUUGAUGAACGUGCAGUUUUUUGCAUUGUCCUUGAACUAGUGCGGCGGAAGGCUUGCGGAACAAUUUCUUCAUCUUUUUGUUCGCUGCGCUACGAUUUGCAAUUUAUAUAAAUAGCCAAUCAAUGAUUCGGAGGUCAGUUACCGGUAGACUUCCUCUCCUUAACCACCUAUCAAAACAAACACCGAUACGGGAUACCUGCAAACAUGAGGGCGUUGUUGGUGUUUGGAGUGCUGUGCCUGGCGGCCGCCUGCAUGGCCGACUACUCGCAGGACAUGGCUGUGGCCGAGAGCAAGGGCCAUCACCACGAGCACGGCGGCGGUCACGAGCACCACGGCCACCACCACCACGAGCACGGUGGACACGGACACAAGGGCCACAAGGGCCAUCACCACCACCACAAGGGUGAUGAAGGACAUCACGGCAAGCACCACCACGAGGAUCACCACCAUGAGCAUGGCGGCGGCCACAAGAAGCACUGGGACGAGCACGAUCACCACGGUGAGCACCACGAGCACGGCCACCACCACAAGGGCGGCAAGCACGGCCACCACGAACACCACGACAAGGGAGAACACACCGACGGAUACCACAAGAAAUAUCACAAGGAUCACUUCCACAAGGACCACCACUUCCACGACGGAGACCACAAGGAGGGCAAGCACCACAAACACCACCACCACCACGGCCACCAUGAUACCCACGGGGGACACCACAAGAAGGGCGGUCACCAUCACUCCGGACACCACGAGGGCCACCACGGCAAGCACGGCCAUCACGACAAGCAUCACUACGACGAGGACCACCACGGCCACAAGGGUCACCACGGCCACGAGGAGCACCACCACCACCACCACGACCACGGCAAGAAGGGCGGCCACGACGAUCACAAGCACUGGGGCUUCCAUCACGGCAAGCAUUAACCAUAAUAGCAGUGCUACUAUUAUGGCGGCGUUCGAAGAAACGCAUUCACCAAAAAUUAAUUUGUUAUUGUUGAUGUUUUUAUUUUUAUACGAACAAAAUAAAUGAAAUGAUUAUCUGUUA